UCGUACUAGAAGUGUAAAGAUAGGAUGUGUGUCGUUCAACGCUCGGCGGUUACAAUAUUUUCUCUUUCUGUCAUUCAUAAGUCAUCUUUUUAGUAACUGCCACUUUUAUGUGCGUUACCUUAGUCAUCUACAACGAUGAGUGGGAUACGAGAGUUCGUAAAGCCUCCGGAGUGCCCUGUAUACUAUCCGAAGUUGGCUGAGUGGGAUGAUCCAUUGGCUUUCAUAGCCAAAGUACGUCCAGACGCGGAGAAAUACGGCAUAUGCAAAAUUGUUCCUCCACCGGAAUGGCAGCCACCUUUUGCAAUCGACGUAGACAAUUUUAUCUUCACUCCUCGCCGGCAAAGGCUGAACGAACUAGAGGGUUCGCACCUGAGACUGCCGAACGUGGAGCGCAGAGUUCUUGACCUUUAUAAGCUGCACAAGAUUGUCACCGAUGAGGGAGGGUUUGAGACGGUGUCGUACGAGCGUAAGUGGACACGCGUCGCGAGUCGCAUGGGCUACGAGCCGGGCAAGGGCGUCGGCUCACUGCUGAAGGGACAUUAUGAGCGCAUUCUCUACCCAUACGACAUCUUCAAGUCCGGGCCCUCACAACGGAAGGAAGACGUGCUUGUCGCGAAGGUCGAACGGCUCAUUUGCAAGGACAUCCCGCUGCGUAAACAGGGGUGCGCUACGGUUACGCGUUCCCUGGAGGCCGGCUCCCAAGACUCCAGGGAUUCUCAUCGGUUGGCAGAGGUCAAGCAGGAGCCGAGUGAGAUUGAGGAGAAACCAGAAGUAGCUGUGAAAACACCAAAGAAGAAGGGGAAGCAGCGCAGCAAGCAGUAUCCUCCCAGCAUCGCUGACAAGUACUUCUGUCUGACAUGCGGGCGAGGGGAUGCUGAGGACCAGAUGCUGCUGUGUGAUGGCUGUGACGACUCCUACCACACCUUCUGCCUCAUCCCCCCGCUCAGCGACAUACCCAAGGGAGACUGGCGUUGUCCGAAGUGCGUCAAACAGGCGUGUGAGAAGCCGCGCGAGGCAUUUGGCUUCGAGCAAGCGAAGCGAGAGUACACUCUACAGAGCUUCGGAGAAAUGGCAGACGCUUUCAAGUCCGACUACUUCCACACGCCGGUUCACAUGGUGCCACCCGACACGGUUGAGACGGAGUUCUGGCGUCUGACGCGGGCGGUGGAUGAGGAUGUGGUUGUGGAAUACGGAGCAGACCUUAGCACACUGGAGAAAGGCAGUGGAUUCCCCACACGGGAGACUGCCGAUCAGUUCCAAGGUGAGGAGCAGUACAUUGAGUCUCCGUGGAACCUCAACAACCUUGCAGUGAUGGACAACUCGAUCCUACGCUACAUCACGGCUGACAUCUCUGGCAUGAAGGUGCCGUGGGUUUACGUCGGCAUGUGCUUCUCGACCUUCUGCUGGCACACAGAGGACCACUGGAGUUACUCCAUCAACUACAUGCACUGGGGCGAGCCUAAGACGUGGUACGGAGUGCCGGGAUCGUCAGCUGAGCUGCUAGAGCAGGCGAUGCGCGACCAGGCGCCGGAGUUAUUCGAGGCUCAACCCGACCUCAUGCACCAGCUUGUCACCAUCAUGCACCCAAACCUGCUCAUGGAGAAGGGCGUGCCGGUGCACAAGACGAAUCAGCAGGCAGGGGAGUUUGUGGUCACCUUCCCUCGUGCAUAUCACGCCGGCUUCAACCAGGGCUACAACUGUGCUGAGGCUGUUAACUUCUGCCCUCCCGACUGGUUUGACUUUGGACGUCGCAGCAUCUCUCACUACCGCAUGCACCGACGCUACUGCGUCUUCUCGCACGACGAGGUGCUGUGUAACCUUGGCAACAAUCCGGGAGACAUCAACGUGGAGCUGGCGGAGGUCGCGUACGACGGGCUGCGGAUGCUGAUCGCGGAGGAGACGGCGCUGAGGAGGAAGCUCGAGGAGAAGGGCAAGGUCAACGCGAAGAAGAAGCUGUUUGAGUUGCUGCCGGACGAUGAGAGAAUCUGCUUCCACUGCAACACGACCUGCUACCUAUCGGCGCUGACAUGUGAAUGCAGACCGGAUGUCCUGGCCUGUCUCUACCACGCAGACAAGCUGUGUGACUGCCCGCUAUCGAAAAAAUGGCUUAACUACAGACUGGAGCUGGAUGAGCUACUACCGUAUGUAGAGACACUGAAGCGCAGGAAGGAGCUGCUGCUGCGAUGGAGCGAGGCAGCGGCGAGCGUGCUGGCUUCACAGGGCGACGACCGACCCAGCGUGGGGGAGCUUCGGGAUCUGCUGCAGGAGUGGGAGCGGGAGCACUACAGCAGGAAGGCGGGCGCGCGACCCCGGGAGCUACGCGCCGCGCUGGACGCCGCCGCCACCGACGCUGACCGAUGCUCCAUCCUCGCGCAGCAGCUAGUCUCACGCCGCGUGCGCACGCGGCAUCGGCAUUCGGGCGAGCAGAAGUACACUAGCUCGGGUCGCCUGACGCUGGCAGAGGCACAACAGUUCUACGAGCAAAUAUGUCGACUCAGCUGCGAAAUAGCAGAGCAUGCGCAGAUCAAGGAUCUGCUGCAGCGUGCGCAGAACUUCCAGACGAAGGCUCGCGGGACUCUGCAGGACGAGGUUCCUAACUCGGAGCGGCUGCAUCACAUGCUGGACGAGGGAUUGUCGCUCGACAUAGAGCUUCCGGAGAUAUCUGCUCUCAAACAGCAACUGCAGCAGGCCUGCUGGCUGGAGGAGGUGGGAGAGGCAAUGCCGGCAGGGGCGGCGGCGGGGAGCGACCAGCGGGACGACCGACCCUCGCUCAACUCCCUGCGUCGUCUGAUCGACGCCGGCGUGAACCAGGCUCCGCACCCCGCGGUCGAGCGAGCGAUGGCGCGGCUGCAGCAGCUGCUGACGGUCGGCGAGGCGUGGGAGGAGCGCGCGUCCGCCGCCCUGCGCGCCCGCCCACCGCGCACCGUCGCCGCCCUGGAGGCCAUCGUCGCCGGCGCGGAGCAGGCGGCGCCACCUCUCGCGUUGCCGGCGGUGCACGCGGUGAGGGAGGCGCUCAGGAAGGCGCGUGAUUGGACGAGGAAGGCGGAGGCGGCGCGCGUAGCGGUGCACCCGCCAUACAUCGAGGCGUUGGAGGUUCUCGCCACCAGGGGGCGCCCGCUGCCCGUUGCACUCGACGCGCUCGCGGAGAUAGAUGGCGCUGCGGUGGAGGCGAGGGCGUGGCGGGAGCAGGCUGCCCUCGCGUUCCUCAAACGCAAUUGUGACCGACUGCUGGAGGUGCUGCUACCUAGGAGGGAGUUUGGCCGCGACGGCGCCCCCGCUGGUAGGCGUCCGGGGAAGAAGCGAGGGCGAGACUCUGAGACGGCUGCCGACAUUGUGUUUGAUUGUUCACGCAGCACGGCUGAUGUGGUGGAGGCUUACACGCGUGGGGAGGCACGGGAAAUCGCAGCCAUGACGGAGCUACGCGCGCGAAACCGCCACAAGUACAACGAAGACGGCAGAAGCAGCGGCGGCAGCGGCGGCGGCGGCGGCGGCGGCAGCGGACGCGCGCUCUACUGCAUCUGUCGUAAGCCUCACUCCGAGGCCAUGCUUCGCUGUGAGCUCUGUCAGGACUGGUUCCACAGUACGUGCGUGCCGCCGCCGCAGCAGCGAUCAAUCGGCAAGCCUCGCACGGCGACCGUGCAGCGCGGCACGCGGGAGCGCGGCGGCGGUGGCAGCGGCUACCUGUGUUCGCGCUGCAUGCGCACGCGGCGUCCACGCCUCAACGCUGUACUCGCGCUCAUCGUCACGCUGCAGCGUCUGCCCGUCCGUGUCGCCGAGGGAGAGGCUCUACAGUGUCUCACCGAGCGCGCCAUCCGGUGGCAGAGUCGAGCGAAGAAGCUGAUGGCGACGGGAGAAGUAGCCACCGUCGUGUCGACGAUGGAGAACGGAUGGCAGGUGGCGCCCCCCACCGCGUCCGUACAGACCCCCGCCUCGGCCGCAGCGGCGGCGGCGGCGGACAUGCCGCCGCGACUCAGCUGUGAGGUGGGUGACCGGCCGGCAGAGACGGGGGCGAGGGUGAGGGAGGAGGAGGAGGAGGAGGAUGGAUGCAGGGACGGCGGUGGCAGCGGAGGAGGCAGCACGGUCACUCAGCAGCUAGUGUUGGACAUCGGCUCCAGCGCGAGCGAUCGUCCGCCUACCCUCUCGCCAGCCAUCGACCGCGGAUACUCGCCCCGCGCGUGCGCCAGCCCCACCGCGCCGCACGGCGUGGCGGGCAGCGGUGGCGCCCUCUCCGUUACGCUGGAACAUCAGCUGGAUGACGUGUUGAUGCAGGGAAACCUCCUAGAGGUGGCGCUAGAUGAGCUAGAACAGCUGCGCUACGUCCUGCAGGCGUCCCGCCACGCAGCCGAGACGAGACAUGAGCCCGUCAAGGUGCCACCAGACCUACCAUCGCCAACGAUUACUGCCGAACCAAGCAAACCAAAGAAGAAGCAAGUCAAACGGACAUCCGAUGAAGACACCGCCAUUGGCAACAAGCGAACAUCCGACGAUGACACUGGCACUGCCAACAGACGAACAUCUGACAACAACGCCUGCAUCGGCAACAAGCGAACAUCCGACGAUGAUGGCGGCGGCAGCAAGCGGAAGCUGAAGAAGAGCGCCGUCGAUGCUGCGAGUCGGCCAGACGCGGGCGACGAGAUACAGAUCCACGUGAACGCGGCUGAGACGCUCGCUGAGGUCCGUCUGAAGAAGUCGAAAAAGCACAAGCUAAAGCCGGGGGUCACAGAGAUCCAAGGUCAUGUCGAGGUCAAAGGUCAUGACGACGAUGAUGGGCCGAAGAGGCAGAGGCUGACGGUGGUGGCGGGAGAAGAGGAAGCCGCAUUGGACAACAGGAAACCUUGUUCGCCAACCGACAGUAAGAAGAAGAAGAAGAAGAAGAAGGUGGUGGAGGGGGGAGGCGGCGGCGGCGGCGGCGGCGGCGGUGCGUCCGCGGAGGCCGGCCACGCUAAGAAGAAGAAGAAGAAAAGGUGUGCUUCCCUGAGUGAGGACCUGAGACCCACGCCCCCGCCGCCGCCGCCCGCGUGUAACGGUCACGCGAAGCUGUCACAGAAGACGUCACAGAAGACAGGAAGCAGGAAGGAUGCGACGAAACCUCCGUCACCAUCACAGACAUCCACCGGCAAGCUGAAACACAAGUCCGCCAUGCAGGCCGCAGCGCCACCUGCAGGGGGCAGGACCGUCGCGGCAUCCCUUAGUCGAUUGAAGACGACGAUAACGAAGAAGAAGAAGAAGAAGAAGAAGAAGACGAGCAUGAAGACAAACGUGGAGAACGGUCUGGACGGUAAGGAUCCUGUGGCGUUGGAGCGGGAAGAAGAUGUAGAGAAGGAAGUAAGUGAGCUGCGCAGUGGCAAAGGACCGAGGUUGCUGUCAGUUUCAUCCGACACCAGUAGGGAAGAUGACUCACUGAAAAUCGAGGAGAGUAAGGGCAACAAGAGAACAGUGAACGGCCGGCAAGACGACAACGGCACGGCAAGGAGUGGCAGUAAGAAGGAGCAAAAGUCUGAACGCAAGCACACGUCGGUAGCGGAGCACGCAUCGCUGCCGCACGACACGGAGCAAGCCCGGGAUGAGGAGGAGGAGGAGGAGGAUGAUGAGGAUCCAUGCUCUGCAGACACCUGUCUCAUUAAUGGCAACCACCACCACCACCAGCCGCAGCAGAAGAAUGGUAGCAGCAGCAGCAGCGGAGGAGGAGAGGAGGAGGUGCACUGGGUGCAGUGUGACGGCGGCUGUGACCUGUGGUUCCACCUCGGCUGCGUCGGCCUUGGCGCCACCGACCUACAGGAGAACGAAGACUACGUCUGCUCGAGAUGCUCCGGUGGCAGCCCCAACCACGCGCCCAAGAUGGCGGCGUGCGUGGACGACGCGCAAGUGAGCGGCAGCGCUACACCGGAUACCGCGGAGGAGAAGGAAGUGGGGACGGAGGAGGAGAAGGUGGUGGGAGAAGGCGAAGAGGAGGAGGAGGAGGAGGAGGGAGAGGCGGUUGCCACGGCGACGAACGCGAGUGUGAAGUAUGCUAGCGUCGACUCGCUGGUGCGCACGAUAGAGGCGGUUGCAACAGGCGACGACAAACCUUUGCUGCAGCCGGCGCCCUCUGGUGAGAUGGACGACGCGUCAGUCGCUGAGACUCUCAUCGCUCUCGCUAGCCAUAGCCCCCAGAGGGCGCCGCCAUCUCAGGAACCUCUCGACCUGUCCGUGAGCCGCCCGCCGGCGCCCUCUAGGCCCCCACUCGACACAGAGUCUGCAUCCGAGACGGCAGCGACAACGACCAAGUCCGCUGUUACGUCUCCGCGUGGCGCCCCCCUGCGGGGAGAUUCUGCAUCGCCGCGCUCCGAGGGAGAGAGUCGCGAGGUGAGCGUUGUCGGGAAUGCCCACACGAGGGAGCCAGCAGAGCAGCAGCGGCGGCGCCCCGCGGUGGAGUUCUUCACGAGCGACCAGCAUCGCGCCAUCAUUGGCAGCAUCAUCGGCAGCGCGCUGAAGCCGGCGGGAGCGAGAGGCUGCGAGCUCGCCGGGGAUGCGGGGAAGCCCGCAGAAUUGAAGCCCAGCGUUGCCGCGGGCGACGUGUCGUCGUCGUCGUCGUCGUCGCCGCGCACGGGACGCGGCGAUCGUUACCCCGUUAUCGGCAGCUUCCUGAAGCAGACCGCCGAGAAAUACCGACCCACGUCUGUGAAGCCGUCGCCCGCGGCGGCGCCACCGUCUGCCUCGCCAGCGCCACCUAGCAGCCGCCCUGCAGCCGCGCAGCAGAAACCCUCGCCGCCCCCGCAGCUCACGGUGGCGCCCUCACCAGCCGCUGCGCUGGUCGGGCCACCCGUCGGUGGACUGCUGUCGCUAGGCAACGCGGUUGCUGCGGCGUCGCCGGCAAAGCCUCCAGCUGCAUCGCCGUACAAGCCCGGCGUGGAGCUGGCAGCGAGCGAAGGGAAGCUGGCAGCGAGCGAAGGGAAGCUGGCAGCGAUGACGACGGCGGCGACGGCAGUGGAGUUGUCCCUCGGCUCGAGCGCCAGCAUGAAACGCAACCUGUUCGAGGAGAUGGACAUAAACUAA